UGGAAUCAAACACUGGAAAACAAUGCCCAGAGCGAAGGAAAGAAAACAAAAACCCAAAGGGGCUGCCCCUUCGGUGGUUCCCGUUCUUCAGAAGUUCCUGAAGACAUACCAGAAGCAUUGCCUACAGUCUCGGACCUCCCUGUGUCCCGCCAUCCAGAGGGACCUGAAGAGCUGCAUUGACAGAGAGCAGAUUCUCAGGAAGUUUAUGCUUGUGAGGGCUGGUAACGCCUCAGCCAGCACUCUGCCCGUUUCCCUGGAACCUUUGCUCAUGACCAUCCGAGAUGAGAGCUACACGCUGGCCAAGGAGAUCUGCAUCUGGGGCCUUCAUCUGACAAAUCCGGAGAUCGCCAGACUCGCUUUGUUCCUGGAGCAGAAGGGGCACACCACUUGCCCAGUGACUACGCUGGAAAUCAUUGAUUGCAAGAUGGAUCUGUGGUCUCUGGGGCGGCUUGGGAAAGCUCUACAGUUCAGCAGUUUGCACUUCCUGGUCCUAGACUACUGCAGGUUUGGAAAUGAAGAACUUGAGAGUAUCUUCUCAGGCCUGGAGAGCAACCAACGGCUCCAGGGCCUCAGUAUGCGCUACUGUGGGCUGGGGCCGCAGAGUGGGCAGAGGCUGGGCUCUGUCAUCAGCCGCAGUGCCAUUUGGGAGCUGCGCCUGGAUGGAAAUGACCUGCAGUGCUCUGGGGCAUGCGCUCUCCUCAGACCUAUCGCAGAAUAUGCAGAGACACAGGGGAAGGAGCAGCCUACCUUGGCCUCGGCACACACGGGAAGUCCUCCUCAGCUUCCCCAAGUGUGCCGGGGAGCAAGCUCAACUUUGAGUCAGAUUGUGAAAUCUUCCGAAGCUUUAACAGCGAGAAGGACCUCACAGAAGAAGAGCGGAAAAGGAGGAAUCUGGAAACAAGUUAAAAGCCUGAGGAAAGCCGGACCUUGGAUAGUGACACUGAGUUUGGCAGAUAACGGCAUAGAUGGGACAGGGAAAGAUGGGGAGCGACUGCCUGAGCUCACUCGAACUGUGACCUGCCUGAUCAAGCACUCGGCUCACUUGAGGGAGAUGGACCUUGGGAACAAUGUCCUGGGGGAGACGGCUGCAGCAGACAUCCUGGAAGCACUGAGAGCCAGGAAGAUGGGUAAACUACCACCCUUAAAAGUUACAGUCACUCCCCGGAUCUCUUCGGACACCUUCAGAUCUAUCUGGAAACUUAGCAAGAAAUCUAAAAGGACCCGUAAAAAGAAGAAAAAGGUAAAUUCUUCAAUAUCUGUGCAGUUGGGUAGCAGCCAGCAGGGGGCGCGAGAUGAAACGUGGGCCUCAGUGGAAUCCAUGAGCCUUCAACCCCAGAGUUUGGGUCCAGGCCAUCCUCCCCUAAACCACUGUCAAAUGGACGAUGGCUGUCUCAAGAGAGAAGCGGUAAGACAACGACGUAAUCUCUCAAAGAUUAGUGAAAACUGCUUCGGCUUCAUCGCCUCUUCCCUGCUAAAUCUAAAUCCGUGUUGCCGCAGGCCUGCUGUGGCUCUGCCAGGAGCCUCGCCUCUGCCCCUAGGUGCCUGCGCUGCCUCCUGGGACAUGAUGAUUCACGCACUCAUUCUCCACUGUGUAAAACUGAACUUUCUUUUUUAA